CUUCUCUCAUCGUCAUCUCCUCUCCUGGCUGGUGGGUGGGAGCACUACCAAAACCACCCCGGGUAAACACAACCCCAAACCUGAUCCCGCCCAAACCACCGUCAAACCUCUACUCUCCCAACUCUCAAUAACUAUUCCCAUCAUAUUCACCCAUGUCGUCCUCUCCAGAGCCCGGCCCGCAGUUACCUGCCGAACCCGCGUCCGAAGCAGUCUUUGAAGUUGCCCAGGAUGCGACGCAGGCGCCUGACAGGCCGCUGAAGCGCUCUGCGCAGCCGAACGACGACGAAGGCGAAGAAGUCGUCAACGUGCUCGAGCUCGAGCAGGAUCCCUCUGCGACCACGGAAGACAACCCCCCCGCAGAUGGCGAGGAGCAGUCGACUGAACUGACAAAGACGAAAAAGCACAAGGACAAGAAGAAGAAGAAAGAUAAAAACAAACCGCGGCCGGCGCGUCCCCAGGCUGAUCUCGCAUCGAUGAAAGAUCGCCCGCCGCAGCAGACCGGCACGGUCUUUAAUAUCUGGUACAACAAAUGGAGCGGAGGCGACAGAGAGGACAAGUACGCCGCCAAGGGCAAAGCCGAAGGACGAUGCAACGUCGCUCGUGAUUCGGGAUACACAAAGGCAGAUAAAGUCCCCGGCUCUUAUUUCUGCAUCUUCUUUGCUCGCGGCGUGUGUCCGCUGGGCAAGAACUGCAACUAUCUACAUCGCCUGCCGACAGUCACAGAUAUGUUUGAUCCGAGCGUCGACUGCUUCGGCCGCGACAAGCACGCAGACUAUAGAGACGAUAUGGAUGGCGUCGGCAGUUUCCAGCGGCAAAACAGAACAAUCUACAUCGGCCGCAUCUUUGUCUCUGACGAUAUCGAAGAAGUCGUCGCUCGCCAUUUCGCAGAGUGGGGCGACAUCGAACGAAUCCGGGUACUCAACUCCCGCGGCGUCGCAUUCGUAACCUACGUCAACGAAGCAAACGCCCAAUUCGCAAAAGAAGCAAUGUCCUGCCAAUCCCUCGACCACGACGAGAUCCUCAACGUCCGCUGGGCGUCCGUCGACCCGAACCCGCUCGCGAAAGCACGCGAGCAACGCCGCGUCGAAGAACAAGCGGCCGAGGCGGUCAAGAAGUUGCUGCCGCCUGAUUUUCUGGAAAAAUUACAGCGCGAACAGAGUACCGCGCUUCAGCCGGCAAAGAGACGCAAGUACUGAUUGUCGCAUCUAAAAGUCGGUUUCAUUUACUACUAUGGAGUUCUUUGAUUUUCCUUGUCAUGUAUACUAGAUUACAGAACCAGUG